CGCGCGCGAAAUACACAGCACUCAGGGGAAGGGAAGGGAAGGCCACAGUUGGCAGUUGAGUUGAGUAUUCCAGUGAAACUGUAGCCUCGCUCCUUUACCGCCAAUAGCCGGUCUUCCUCCGGUUUUCUCUUCCCUUCCUCCGCGCUCCUUGUAUGUAUGGUAUAAUAAGGAAAAAGAUGACCCAGCUGAACAAGAAUGCAGAAGUUUUUAAAUAAUAAUAACAACCACCGAGAGAGGUAAGAAAAAAAAGCUGCGAUGGAGGUCGGUGAGGAUUGCUCCUGCUAAAAUGGAACUUUACUAAACUUGCGUUCUCUCAUCUCAUCUCCCAGCGACCGCAGUGAACGGGCUCUCCGGCGGGCCUAUUCUUCUGUUUUUUUGUUUUGUUUUUGUUGCCUUCCCUCUGCUUCGUAUUCAUUCAGUACAUCAUUUUUCUUUUCUUUUCUGCUGGGUUGGGUUGGGUACCGGAUAUCUGUGCUGCCAAUUAUCUGCAGUGGAAGCAGAAGCAGAAGCAGAGAUAUGAAGACGAAGAAGAUGCUGAUGAUAAUGAUGGCCUUACAUUUCUUCUUCGUCAUCACCACCACCGCAUCUCUUUUACUGUUACCCCUCUGAUCCACCUCUCUCCUCUUUAUUAUUAAUACCCACCCAUCUCAUACACACCCACAAACAGUCUCUCUCUCUCUCUCCAGAGGCUGCUUGCUUCUUUCUCUCUCCUUGCUCUCCUCAGUCAUCUCCUCUCCUCUCCUAUUUCUUCAUUAUUACAUACAAUUUUAUUGUUGUUGUUUAUUUUGGUAGCAACGCAACCAGCGAGCAAUCCCAUCUCUUGUUCCACUUUUUUGAGUUUCCCCGUUUUUUUUUUCUUUGCUUUCCAUCAUUAAGCUUUGGAGAGACUUCUUUUCUGUGGCUUCUGUUCAAGACUCGCUCUGUGCUUUCCCCCCCUCCCUUUUCCCCUUUCUCCUUUCUUUCUUCCUCUUUAGCUAUGGCGGAAGGGUAUCAUGAGGCCUACCAUGUCCCACAACAAAGCCGAAGAGAUAAGCUCCGAGUUGUGGCUCACAGCAACCAGAACCACACCAUUCACAAUCAUCUCUACGAUCCUUGUUCCUUCCUUUCCCCUUCCGAUUUCCUCUCUUCCUCUUCUUCUUCCUUCUCCUCUCCUCACAAUUUCAUGGGCUUCGUCAACAACUACACGGAUCCCACUACCAAUCCUCAUCAUCUCCACAUAAACCCUAGCAGCUCCGAGAUCCACCACCUCCACAACUCCAACGCCCCCUUCCUCAAUUUCCCCAACCACCACCCUUCUCCUUCUCCUUACGCCAGCGACGGCCUCAUCCUCUUCAAGCCGGAGCCCCUAUCUCUCUCCUUGUCGUCUUCCCACCACCAACACAGCGCUGCUCUCGACCUCAAUUUCCAGAGGUACCUGCUCCCCAAUGUCGUCGGAGGAGGGGCGAGCGCAGCUACCCCGGGCUCGGCUUCCAACGACGUCGUCUCGAGGUGCUCGGAUGUGCUUCCUUUGGGCCCCUUCACUGGUUACGCUUCUAUCCUCAAGGAAUCCAGGUUUCUGAAGCCUGCCCAGCAGCUGCUGGAAGAAUUGAGCGCAGCAGCAGCAGGAGGAGGAGGGUUAAUGAUCCCCGCCGACAGGUUCGUGCCCGACCCGACUUUACUGGAUCCUGCCCCGCUCACCGACGAUCCGCUUUCCGAUAUUGGAAGCGAGUCUCGCAGGAAAAAGUCUCGCCUCAUCUCCAUGCUUGACGAGGUAUACAGGAGGUACAAGCAAUACUACCAGCAGAUGCAAGCCGUUAUGACGUCUUUUGAGUGUGUAGCUGGGCUGGGGAAUGCGGCCCCCUACGCUAACCUAGCAUUGAAAGCCAUGUCCAAGCAUUUCAGGUCGCUCAAGAGUGCCAUCACGGAUCAGCUCGGCAAAGCUUCCGGCAAAGACGAAGCCAUUGCCGCCAAACUCGCAACCACCGCAUACGGCGCUAGGCACGUCCAGAGUUCAUCAGGCGGAGUGUUGAUGGAUCACCACCAGCCCGUUUGGCGCCCACAAAGGGGACUCCCCGAACGGGCUGUCACAGUGCUUAGAGCCUGGCUCUUCGAGCACUUCUUGCAUCCGUACCCUACGGACACCGACAAACUAAUGUUGGCGAAACAAACGGGUCUCACCCGAAGUCAGGUAUCCAACUGGUUCAUAAACGCGAGGGUAAGGUUGUGGAAGCCAAUGGUGGAAGAAAUACACAUGCUGGAGACACGGCAGGCGCACAAGGCUGCGCAAAAGGACGGCGGCAAUAGGUCGAGCACGGAUCAUCCAGCAGCACCGAUGUCGAAUUCCGACAAUAACAACAACACCAACCCGUCAACAUCGUCUCAUCAUCAACGGACCCUGGAUGUGCCAAUGCCGAAGCGUACGAGGAACGAACUUGCAACUAGUGCAGACAUGGCAGCUGUUGGUAGCAAUGAGGAGCAACACCAUCAUCACCACCAGCAGCAACUGUACGUGCAGUCUUACGGCGGAGGGAUGUCGGGCAGUGGUCAGUCGCACGUGGGAUUGGGGAUGGGAGGAAGUGGAGUUUCGUUGACCCUUGGUCUCCACCAAGGGAUGGGGCUGUUGGAACCGCCGCCGUCGUUCGCAAUAAGCAGUGCGGCGGCUCAGCGGUUUGGGCUGGAGGCCGGCGGGAACGAUGGGUAUGUGAUGGGCGGGUUUGAGGGGUCGCAGAAUCGGCAUUUCGGGCGGGACUUCGUUGGUGGCCAGCUUUUGCAUGAUUUUGUUGGCUAACUGGAUCAUCGUGAAAAUGGAAAGCAAAGAAGGAAAAAAAGGAAAAAAAAAAAAAAACAAAUAAAUACGAGGGUAGCAGGAAAUUAAAGUUGGUUAAUUAGUAAUCCGGACAUGUGGUUUUAAUUUAUUAUUAUCAUUAUUAUAUAUUCCAUUACAUAUAUUUAUAUAUAAUAUAGAUCGGAAAAAUAUUCCGGGAGCAAAGAAAUGGAAAAGAAGCUAGCUAGAGCGGGGGAAUGCAUUCAACAGAAUCGGAAAUGGCCGGGCGGGGAUCGAUUUCGAGCUUGUAAACGGUGGCAGUGGUGGUGGAUUUUUGGGCGUAAUUAAGUGAGGAGGCAGAAAAGAGAAAAAAAAAAGUGUAUAAAUGAAAUUCUCCUGU